AUGGCAUCUACGAGCACAAGCACAGCGAAGAGUACCAAGAGGGUAGGCAAGGAGAAUGCACCUCCUUCUCGCUCAACGAAGAACAUCGACGUAGAGGAAAAUGGAGACGAUAUAGGAGGUGUUUCGGAGGAAGAUGACCGUCCGAGAAAAUCGAAACCGGUAGCCAAACCUCAGACACCAAAGCCGUUACAAUCUAUAAACGGGGACGAAGACGAUAUCAAAGAGCAAGAGCUGAAGAGGAAGUUGGCCAUGGUAACAGCAGAGAGAGAUCGAUUUCGUACACAACGAGACACCUAUUCGUCCCAAUUUGAAGAAUUGACCAAAUCACGCACAGAGGGUGAAGGGUUGUUUGAGAAAUAUAAGCAGAAAGCAGAUUUACAAGCCAAAGCUCAAAAUGAUAUCAUAGCUACCCAAACGGCCUUGACCGAGAAAUUACAAGCUAAAGUGAGAGCGCUCGAAAAGGCUUUGUCAUCCUCAACAUCUACCGUUUCAGAUAAGGAUAAGGAUUUGUCAAUUGCGGGUGGACCAUUCGAUUCUGGUUCUGGGAAAUCGGAUUUGAAGGAUAUGAAAGCUUUGAAAGAUGAAUUGAUAAAGGUGAAGAAUGAUAAUAAAUCCAAGGAAACCGAGAUACUAGAACUUCAAAAGCAGAUUCAAGCCGAAGUGACCUAUUCGAAAUCCCUAAUCGAGAAACAGCAACUAAAUUCAUCUACCAACAAACACCCUUCGUCUAGCGCUGCUGCCAAUGCUUCAGCAGAGGAAGCUGCCAAGGAUGCAGCCAGUUUGGCGUUAUACGAAGAUCUGACGCUGUUGAAUAUUGCCAAUGUUAAGAUUAGACCUGCUAGGAUAGGGAAAGAGGAAAUAUUCAAUUGUCUGGUGUGCGUGGAUGGAAAGAGUCUAAAUUUUAAACUCCGAUGUUACCUCGAACUCGACAAAUCCAACCCAUCUCAACCGAAAUACAACAAAUCAGUCCAUUAUCAACCUGAGUUGCUCCAACAUGAAUCUGAAGAAUUCAUCAAACAGUUGGAUUACUUUGCCAAUGAAUUUGUCGUACCGAGAGAUCAGCUGGGUGGGUUCUUCAUGGAGAUGAGGGCGAAAGUCAGUGGCGAGGAGGAGUAA